UGGACAAUUUUUCUGUUACACAUUUUUCACAAAUUCGACCAGAUGUCUACUGAUUUGAAUUUUAUGCAGUCAGCAUCAUCAACAAAUGCAACAUUUAUUCGUCCUUCCAAAUUUUACCUGAGUGGACUUUACAAUGUCCCAUAUGCAAAGUAUUACUAUGUGUUUCUGUGCUUUGUGUAUAUAGUGACUGUUUUGGGGAAUUUGUUUAUAAUGGGCACAAUAUAUCUGGUACGCAGCUUACACACUGCUAAAUAUAUAGCUGUCUUCAACCUGGCCUUGUGUGAUCUGUGUGGAAGCUCUGCUCUCAUUCCAAAGGUUUUGGACAUGUUUCUAUUUGAGAAUCAGUACAUAUCUUAUGAAGCCUGUCUAGCAAACAUGUUUUUUGUUUAUGUCUUCAUGGCCCUGCAGUCUCUUACUCUCCUUGCUAUGGCCUAUGACAGACUGAUUGCUAUAUGUUUUCCACUGAGGUACCAUGCAAUUGUCACCAAAACAGCAAUGAUUUUGAUCAUUAGUGUUAUGUGGUUUCUGUCUCUGAGUGCUCAUGCUCUGAUGGUAGCUUUAAUUACUAGGCUGUCUUUCUGUAAAUCCACUACAAUUAACAGCUAUUACUGUGAUCAUGGUCCCGUCUAUUCCCUAGCCUGCAAUGAUAACUCCAUGAAUUCCAAUAUUGGCAGUGUCUUCACUGCUGCAUUGCUUUACUUUCCAUUGAUGCUAAUAGCGCUCUCAUAUGUUUGUAUUGGCUUUGCAUUACAUAAGAUCUCACAUGGUGUUGAGCAAAUCAAAGCUAUUAAAACCUGCACUUCUCAUGUUAUAUUAGUAGGCAUGUUUUAUCUACCAAUUAUAAGUAUUUAUACUGUAGCUCUUACAAUGUUUAUAGAUUCAAAUGUUGCAAUAAUCAAUACUGCUUUAACACAAACCAUUCCAUCUAUGUUAAACCCAAUCAUUUAUACACUAAAAACAGAGGAGGUAUUACAGUCUGUUAAAGUGCUCUACAAACGAUCAAAGGUGAACUCUGUGAAAAAGACUGUGAAGAAAUAA